ACAGACAGACUGUUAUUCCAUCUUCAUCACCAUCUCUUUCUUUCUCUCUCUCUCUCUCUCUCUCUGGAAGGUUAUUACUUUUUUCUCAACAAACGCGCAUUCAUUGCUUAGCUGUUUUCUUCAUUUUGAAACGCUAGCUAGCUAGUUACCACCUCAACUCUCAACCCUUUUGAGUUUUCAUCCACAACUAUUCCAUCUUCCACCCUUCUUUCUUUCCUUUUAACAACAAAUAACAAAACAAGGGGUCUUUCAAACUGUUGCUUCAUCCUUGAUCAUUGAUGGCCGAGGAAAUUAGUGUUAACCAGAUGGAGUCAGACAAAAUUGAGCCUGAAGAUGUUGAUAAGAAAGCAAAUCCUAAUGAAGGAUUAGUCAUCACAAAAGGUCCGCCUAAGAUUCUUUCGCGUUAUCUUCGUGAACGUAGGAAUUCCUGCCAUGAUUUAUGCAAAUUUGGUAUUCAACAUGCCACUGAAGUAAAACCAUGGAUCACAACACAGAAAAGGAGAGAAAGAAAAAUCAAUGAUUCAGGAGAAAAAACAGCCACUUCAGAGAAAAACUCACGGCCUUUUGAAGAAACAGAUGUCUCCAUGGAAUAUAAUAAAAGUGACACAGGGAAAUCAAGUUCUAAGCCAUCUUCUCUAUCUCUACAUGUGAAGGAACGUUCCAAAAGUCAAACAAAAUGGGAAUUAGUAAAAAACAAAUGUGCUUUUGGAUCAAGCAGUAGAAAAGAAACUUCAAGCACAAGCAACCUGAAAAGAACAUCUUCUUGUGGAGGCAUUGAUAAAUCAUUAGCACCAAGUUUUCUCUUGUCAUCAAAACAAAAUGCCAAGAAAAUUUCAAGCUCAAGUGAUACUGCCAAAAGCUUGAUAAGAGUGUCUUCUCUGAAAAAUCACGACAAAGGUGAAGAAGUAAUACCUGAACCAGCCAACAAUGACAAUUUACCAGACAAAAUUUUGCAUGUCAUUGAACCUGCCUCAGAAAAUUUACCUGAAGAAUCUACUUUUGCUUGUGAUGCAACUAAGCCACCUUCACCUUCACCAUCAUCAUCAUCAUCAUCAUCAGGGGACAAAAGUUUGAAGAGGAUUGGCAAGUCUGGUGUGUCUACUGCAUCUUCAAGGAAGGGUCUUAGACAUGCUGGAAAUGGAACUGUAUCUGUGACACUCUCUCGUCAAUCUUCAGGGAAAAAAUUCAAGACAAACAUACAGCAUAAAGCGCGUAGUGUUUCACGAUCAUCAUCAGCGUUAUCAUCUGUUUCCUCAUCUAACUUUUCUCUCAGAAAACAAAACGGUACUACUACUUACAAGCCCAAUAGAGCAGGACAUGGUAAUCAGGGUGAAAAUGUGAAGGUAGGGUACAAAAUCAGGCCAAAGAUGACCAAAAUAGUUGGGGCGGCAAGUAAAGUUACUCCACCUAGGAAAUUAACUUUUAGGAGAGGAAAGGUGAUUGAAAUUCAGCCUCAAAGCAACAACAUUCCAAGGAGACUCAAAUUUAGACCAGUACGCCUGCUCGGUGACGACAUCAAGAGAGAUGUAUAUAGCACAAGAAAAAGGACCAUUACCAAUAAAGAAGUUGAUGGUGGUGAGCUAAAUGAUGCACAUACCAAAACUGAUAAAGUUGAUCUCAAAUACCAAACUUUGGAAAGAGGUAAAAACAGAAGUUUUGGGAGAAAAGUUGGUGUAGAUAGAAGCAAGGUAGGUGGUUCAAAAUCAGGAUCAGAGAAAGUUGUUUUGAGGCAUCAAAAAGUGGAAGGGAAGAAACAAAAUCCACGUUUGUAUAAUAAUGUGAUUGAAGAGACAGCAAGCAUGCUUGCUGAACUAAGGAAGAGCAAGGUCAAGGCUCUAGUUGGUGCAUUUGAAACUGUCAUAUCUCUUGAUUCUCCUAGAGAGGCCACACCCGCAGAAGUGAGCACAGUUUGUUGAGUGUUACUGAAAACUGUCAACCCUAUAUUAUCUGUGUUAUUGUAUAUAUUGAAAAUUGUGGAUGAGACAAGAAGGAAGAACUGAAGUCGUUCUGAAAGAAGAUACUUUGGUUCUAAGCUUUGACCUUUCUGAAAUUGCAUCCGUUUGUUGCUUGGAUUUGUUUAAGUUUGGAUUGUUAGUGUUAUUUCCUGUGAUUUUAACUGUUUCUUCGGGUGUCCUUGAGAUUUGGUGAAUGAUAUGAUCUUAAUGUAAUGUAUUAUUAGUCUUUACUGAUAUAGAGUUUUUCCUUUAAUUAUCCGGAUAAGGGUAAUUCCUAUGA